UCGCGAGUAUUACUUUUGAAGGAAUCUUUUGUCAAUUGUUCACGGCCCCCAAGUCCAGUAUAAUAAUGUCGACGUCAGUGCAAGAAGCAUCAGUCCAAGCAGAUUCAAAGGGUGACUCCUGGGACUGGAGCUCUCUUCCAUUGCAAGUUGCAGAUGUCAGCAUUCAGAAUACCUGCUCUGAGGUGCAAAAGGCAGUCGAGGAGAAAAUAAACGGCGGAAAGCCGUUCGGUCAGUUUCAUGCAUCAGUUUACAUCCAAAGCGGUACUGAAACCAUAUCCUAUCGCAUAAAGGUUCGUGUCAAUACUGUAACGGAGAUUCGUCUGCAGGUCUAUCAGUUACCCUUUCGGGUUAGAGUGGCGAAAAUGGCUCCUGAGCUGACUGCCGUGUCGGGUGAUGGUCCGCUUGAUGCACCCUUCUAACACUAUCAUCAUCCUAUGAUUUUUCAGGUUCUUGUUCAUUUCAGCCGCCAAAACAACCUGAAUAUUCAUUCACUGCUCCCAGUUUUUGUAUGUGUGUAUUGGAUGGUUCCUCAAUUUUGUUUUCUUUUGCCUUGUGUUUGCCGCUACCCGCCUGUUUCUGUUGUAUUACCCGCCAUAGUGCUGAACAAUGCGCUUUACGAUAUUCCGUUAUUUUUGUACUUCUUUCUAACUCCUUCAACGGAUGAAUACACCCGGAGUGGAAUUCAGUGUCUAGGUGCUCAGAAUAGUAUUAUUCGGUGCACGAAGGAUUGCCAUUGUUUCUGCUCAGUGUUCUACUUUUCACGAUAGAUUCAUGUAGUAUGUAUCAUUGCCAUGCGUUUUAUACAACACUGAAAAGCAACGAGCUUUUAAAAUUAACUUCUCUUCUCAA